AUGAUAUUAAAAACAGAACUUGCCUCGCUCGAGCUAUUUGAGCUACUGUUGGAAUUACUACCUCCAUUUGAGCUUGAACUACUUGAGCCACCCGAACUACUGCUUGAGCUGCUCCUAGAAUUUCCUGAGCUAUUUGAACUGCCCGAGCCAUUUGAACUGCCGGAGUUAUUUGAACUACCUGAGCCAUUUGAACUGCCCGAGCCAUUUGAACUGCCCGAACCAUUUGAACUGCCCGAGCCAUUUGAACUGCCCGAGCCAUUUGAACUGCCCGAGCCAUUUGAACUGCCUGAGUUAUUUGAACUGCCUGAGCCAUUUGAACUGCCCGAGCCAUUUGAACUGCCCGAGUUAUUUGAACUGCCUGAGCCAUUUGAACUGCCCGAGCCAUUUGAACUGCCUGAGCUAUUUGAACUGCCAGAGCCAUUUGAACUGCCCGAGCCAUUUGAACUGCCUGAGCUAUUUGAACUGCCUGAGUUAUUUGAACUGCCUGAGCCAUUUGAACUGCCCGAGCCAUUUGAACUGCCCGAGCCAUUUGAACUGCCUGAGCUAUUUGAACUGCCAGAGCCAUUUGAACUGCCCGAGUUAUUUGAACUGCCCGAGUUAUUUGAACUGCCCGAGCCAUUUGAACUGCCAGAGCCAUUUGAACUGCCCGAGCCAUUUGAACUGCCUGAGUUAUUUGAACUGCCUGAGCCAUUUGAACUGCCCGAGCCAUUUGAACUGCCCGAGCCAUUUGAACUGCCUGAGCUAUUUGAACUGCCAGAGCCAUUUGAACUGCCCGAGUUAUUUGAACUGCCCGAGCCAUUUGAACUGCCAGAGCCAUUUGAACUGCCCGAGCCAUUUGAACUGCCUGAGUUAUUUGAACUGCCUGAGCCAUUUGAACUGCCCGAGCCAUUUGAACCGCCCGAGCCAUUUGAACUGCCUGAGUUAUUUGAACUGCCGGAGCCAUUUGAACUGCCCGAGCCAUUUGAACUGCCCGAGCCAUUUGAACUGCCUGAGUUAUUUGAACUGCCUGAGCCAUUUGAACUGCCUGAGCCAUUUGAACUGCCUGAGUUAUUUGAACUGCCCGAGCUAUUUGAACUGCCCGAGCCAUUUGAAUUUCCUGAGCCAUUUGAACUGCCUGAGUUAUUUGAACUGCCUGAGCCAUUUGAACUGCCCGAGCCAUUUGAACUGCCUGAGUUAUUUGAACUGCCUGAGCCAUUUGAACUACCUGAGCCAUUUGAACUGCCUGAGUCAUUUGAACUGCCUGAGUCAUUUGAACUGCCAGAGCUAUUUGAAUUGCCUGAGCCAUUUGAACUACCUGAGCCAUUUGAACUGCCUGAGCCAUUUGAACUGCCUGAGUUAUUUGAACUGCCUGAGCCAUUUGAACUGCCUGAGUUAUUUGAACUACCUGAGCCGUUUGAACUGCCCGAGCCAUUUGAACUGCCUGAGCUAUUUGAACUGCCUGAGCCAUUUGAACUGCCUGAGCUAUUUGAACUGUCUGAGCCAUUUGAAUUUCCUGAACCAUUUGAACUGCCUGAGUUAUUUGAACUGCCCGAGCUAUUUGAACUGCCCGAUCCAUUUGAACUGCCUGAGCCAUUUGAACUGCCCGAGCCAUUUGAAUUUCCUGAGCCAUUUGAACUGCCUGAGUUAUUUGAACUGCCUGAGCCAUUUGAACUGCCCGAGCCAUUCGAACUGCCUGAGUUAUUUGAACUGCCUGAGCCAUUUGAACUGCCUGAGCCAUUUGAACUGCCUGAGCCAUUUGAACUGCCUGAGCCAUUUGAAUUGCCUGAGCCAUUUGAACUGCCUGAGUCAUUUGAACUGCCUGAGCCAUUUGAACUGCCUGAGUCAUUUGAACUGCCCGAGCCAUUUGAAUUUCCUGAGCCAUUUGAACUGCCCGAGCCAUUUGAAUUGCCUGAGUCAUCUGAACUGCCAUCGGAAUCAUUGUUUGAGCUUGAAUUGCCUGAGUUAUUAGAACUGUCCCCAGAAUUACUGCCAGAAUUGCCGAUGGAGUUUCCACCAUUUCCUGCAACAUAUACAAAUAAGGAAAGAGAGGGAGAGGAGAACCAAGUUACAGCUUUAUUAAGCAAAUUAAAGACAAAAUGGGAGUCGUGUCGUAUCAAUACUUAA